AUGGCUCAAGUACUUACUCCUACAGACCCGCUGCGUUCGUCGCGCGACGACAGCUUUGGGCUUUCUUCUACGGCUUCCACCCCGACGGACUGGCGUGCAAAGUACAAUGAAGCGGCAGAUAUGCUGGCAGAGGCACGCAACGAGCUCGAUGAUUUUGUCCACUCGUCCAAGGAACUCGAGGAGGAGCUGCUCCGCGAGCUGGAGCGAACGGAGAAGACCCAAAAGGACCUCAAAGAUAGGAUUUCUCGCGUAGAGGUGGAUCGUGAUGACUGGAAGAACAAGUUCAUUUCUCUGCAAACUAAUCACAAUACAACCGUUAAUUCGCUUCAUCGACAACUCGAUACCCUCAGGAAGGAGCAUCAGGAGCUCAAAGUCCGCUUUCGGGAUUUGGAACUAGGCAAUGACGACCUCGAGCGUACUGAGCGUGCGAUCAGUUCUUCACUCGCAGACAUGGAAUCCAAGUACUCUCGUGUUCUCGAGGAAAAGAUUUUGCUCGAACAAGAGCUGAUGAACAAGGCUGCAGUGGAAGAGGAGGCGCAGCGCCUGCGUGACGAGGUCCGAGACGCCAACUCUGAGAUACAAGUCCUCAGAGAUCAGGUCGACCAAUUCAAAGCCGCUCAGGCUCGUGGCUCCCUCAUGACACCGCCAGCGACCGAUUCGUCAUGCUCACCUCAACACGAUAAUUCUUCCUCACUCAAUCUUCCCGCAUCUGCCAAUGACGACCAACUCCUGAACACUGCUGUUCCCAACGACGUUCUUCUGGCGGACGAUACAAACCCACUGGCUCCUAGAUCUAAUCAUUCGCGACCAGUUUCCACCGCCUCGUCUGAUGAAUCGGGCAAGCCUCCCAAACUCAUCUUCCCAAGACCGAGUUUCGGCACUCGAGCUCCGGGCUCUGGCAUUCACAGCCGCUCAAACUCUCUUCGUGCGUCGCCUUCAAAAACACCCGGGUCACUACCAUCGCGUACGGCUCGGGCGGCCGCUCCUCGGACGUCUACGGGGACAGGCGCAGGCUCUGCCAUUCCCUCGAGGUCCAAGGGAGUGCAGAUGGUGAGCGAGAUGAGAGCCAAGGUUCGCAGUCUCGAGCAAAAACUGCAAACACGAGUGCCACGGCUGCGCAGUGGAACCGUCAAUCGAUCUGGAGCUGGUCCUGGGGCAUCUCCCAAUAUGGCGGCUAGGCGACAGGCUCAGCCAGAGAGUCCUGGUUGGGUGCUCAUCAUGGAAGACUCUCCUCCGCCACGACGCGUUCCUCGUAAGAGCACCAGUAAUCAUAGUCCGCCUCCCACCGCCUUCCCUCUCAAAUCUCCACCAGCCGCCGACGAGUCCCCCAUCGGUAAUCGAGGAGUUGUACCGCGUCGCUCCUUUACCAAGAGCCGGUCCUCCAUUCCAACCCCUUCAACAUCUAGACCUACUUCCCCCGAUUUCGAACCGCCUGCCGUUGGAACAGGAACUACUAGAAGCUUAAACGCCCUCAAGCGCACCAGUGUUCCCAUGUUUUCUACUGGACGGAUAAGCAUGGGUUCAUCCACCGAUUCCAAAGAAGGAGGGCUCUCUCUCAGCCAGCGGACCUCGAGCACGAUGCGAGGAUCCAUGGGACCUCCACCGGUUCCGACCCCGAAAAUGCUUUCUUCCUCAGCUCUCGCGACGCCCUCCCUCCGGAGUGGCGCCAGCUCUACGCUCGGAACCAGUCGCAUCGGAAGGCCCAUGUCCUACAGCGCUCGCCGCACGGAUACUGGACCAACGACAAAAGAGCUGCCCGUUGAUGAGCAUGGUAUGAGAGUCUCUGGGUCAUCAUACCGACCGCGGUCUUCUCGCUCGGGCAGCAUCUCACACGCUCGCCCGAACAGCCUGUCUCAGUUUGGUGCAGAUGGAGAAACGUUCUGA